CGCGAGCUAGGUUGUCUCUUCUCGCUGGGUGCUGAAUGCAGACAUCGGGUGGACGAGGCUGAGGUGACUGCACCUCCUUCUUGAGAGCUUCGGGUUCUCAUAUUUGUCUUCUCUGCCUUACUCGUUUGUGUCCAGCGCCGGCCUGUCUUUCAAUUUGCUUUGUCCAUAUGUGCACCCGAACCAUUGCUGCUUAGCCUCAGCCUAGUAAAAUUGACCUCACAAAUGACAUGUUUAAGUCAGACCUGCCAAGAAAUGAUUUGAAGGAACUGUAACUCAUACAAGUUUUUCAGUUUACUUAACCUAAACUGUCAGAUGUCUGCAAUUGUUUGUGACCUCAGGGGCUCAUGACUCCCAGAGGGGGGAUAAGAUGUGUUGAUCUCGAGUGCUUGGGAUCCCAUUACUGUAUAGUUUACAUAUGACAUCGUACACGUGAAGGGGUCAGAAACCAGGGACUUUGCUACCAUGCAGCAGACGACCAAAUUCUUUCUCCGAGCUUUGAAGCAUAGUGUUCCUCACCUUGGGAAAUGCAUGCAGAAACAGAAUUACUGUAACUUCGCCAACCAUUAUUACAAUAGAAUAAGAUUGAAAAAGUAUCACCUGCAGAAUAAAUCCAAGAUAUCAGAAUUAGCAAGAAACGUCCCGAGUCGGAGCUUCUCAUGUAAGGAUCUUUUGCCUAUUAAGCCAGAAAACGAAAACUCCCAUUCUGAAAGCAUGGAUGCAUUUGAAAAAGUGAGAACAAAAUUGGAAACUCAGCCCCAAGAGGAAUAUGAAAUCAUCAAUGCCGAGAUUAAGCAUGGCGGUUUUGUUUAUUAUCAAGAAGGUUGCUGUUUGGUUCGUUCCAAAGACGAAGAAGCAGACAGUGAUAAUUAUGAAGUCUUGUUCAACCUGGAGGAACUCAAAUUAGACCAGCCCUUCAUUGAUUGUAUCAGAGUUGCUCCCGAUGAGAAAUAUGUGGCUGCCAAGAUAAGGACUGAGAAUUCGGAAACAUCCACCUGCAUAGUCGUGAAGCUCAGCGAUCAGCCUGUAAUGGAAGCGUCUUUCCCCAACGUGUCUAGUUUUGAAUGGGUGAAGGAUGAGGAAGAUGAAGACGUCUUGUUCUACACCUUCCAGCGGAACCUUCGCUGCCAUGACGUGUAUCGAGCCACAUUUGGUGACAACAAACGUAACGAGCGUUUCUACACAGAAAAGGACCCAAGCUAUUUCGUUUUCCUUUAUCUUACAAAAGACAGCCGUUUCCUCACCCUAAAUAUCAUGAACAAGAUGACUUCGGAGGUGUGGUUGAUAGACGGCCUGAGCCCUUGGGACCCGCCAGUGCUGAUUCAGAAGAGAAUACAUGGGGUCCUUUACUAUGUCGAACAUCGAGAUGACGAAUUAUACAUCCUCACCAAUGUUGGAGAACCUACAGAAUUCAAGCUGAUGCGAACAGCAGCUGAUGCCCCUGCCAUUAUGAACUGGGAUUUAUUCUUCACAAUGAAGAGAAAUACCAAGGUUGUAGACUUGGACAUGUUUAAGGACCACUGCGUUCUGUUCCUGAAGCACAGCAACCUCCUCUACGUUAACGUGAUUGGUCUGGCUGAUGACUCUGUCCGCUCUCUCAAGCUCCCUCCGUGGGCCUGUGGAUUCAUAAUGGAGACAAAUUCUGACCCAAAGAACUGCCCCUUUCAGCUUUGCUCACCAAUACGACCUCCAAAAUAUUACACAUAUAAAUUUGCAGAAGGCAAAUUGUUUGAGGAAACUGGACAUGAAGAUCCAAUUACAAAGACUAGCCGUGUCUUACGCAUGGAAGCCAAAAGCAAGGAUGGAAAAUUAGUGCCGAUGACAAUUUUCCACAAAAUGGAUUCUGAGGACUUGCAGAAGAAGCCUCUCUUGGUACAUGUGUAUGGAGCAUACGGGAUGGAUCUGAAAAUGAAUUUCAGGCCUGAGAGGCGGGUCUUGGUGGAUGAUGGAUGGAUCUUAGCGUACUGCCAUGUUAGGGGUGGUGGAGAGCUGGGCCUCCAGUGGCAUGCUGAUGGCCGUCUAACUAAAAAACUCAAUGGCCUUGCUGACCUAGAGGCUUGCAUUAAGACGCUUCAUAGUCAAGGCUUUUCUCAACCGAGCCUAACAACUCUGAGCGCUUUCAGUGCUGGAGGAGUGCUUGCGGGAGCACUGUGCAAUGCUAAGCCAGAGCUGCUGCGAGCCGUGACUCUGGAGGCACCUUUCUUGGAUGUCCUCAACACCAUGAUGGACACCACACUUCCUCUGACACUCGAAGAGCUCGAGGAAUGGGGGAAUCCUUCAUCCGAUGAAAAGCACAAGAACUACAUAAAACGUUACUGCCCCUGUCAAAACAUCAAGCCUCAGCAUUACCCCUCAGUUCAUAUCACAGCUUAUGAGCACGAUGAGCGAGUACCUCUGAAAGGAAUUGUGGACUACACUGAGAAACUCAAGGAAGCCAUUGCGGAGCACGCCAAGGAAGCAGGUGAAGGCUAUCAGCCGCCCAACAUUGUUUUAGAUGUUCAGCCUGGAGGGAACCAUGUGAUUGAAGAUUCUCACAAAAAGAUUACAGCCCAAAUGAAAUUCCUGUACGAGGAACUUGGACUUGACAGCACCAAUGCUUUCGAGGAUCUUAAAAAAUACCUAAAAUUCUGAAAUGCUGCUUUUAACUGGGAAGUGGAAACACACAGAAAUAACAGUCUGAUUUCCAGCUGGCUUAGCAAAAGUGAAUUUUUUUUAAGUUAUUGCAUAAUUUUUUUAAAAAGUAGUUCUUCGUGUAAAUUUUGCUUAAUGUACUACUCACUUGUAUGUUCACACCAGCACAUACAUCCCAGCCUGGGAAAGUGUUCUUGGUCGUGCUCUUUAGUAGGGUGUAGAAGGAGCCAGAAGGACUGGGCAGAACGCCAGGCCUCCCUUUCAAUCAGAACAGCUCAGUGCCUAUUAAUAGAAUUUUCUUUGACCAGUUUACAAGUCGGAGUUCUUCUCUUUGCUGGUUAAUAUUUCUAGACACUGUCAGUGAGUCAGCUUGCAGUUCCCACAGCCCCACUUUAAACAACAGCAUUCUUCAUAGUUAAAUGCUUUAGAAUUUUGGAAUAAUCUUUUAAACACUUUAUUGUUCUUUCAAACAUUCAAGAAUCUCCCUAAAACAAUUGCACUCGUACUACAGAAAUUUAGGAGUUGCCGGCCAUUGCUGCAGCUUCAUCAGCAGCAUGCUGUACAUAAUGCUAAGACAUGCUGGGCACAGAGCCGCCAUCUAAGUGGAGACUCCUAACAGAGGCUGUGCAGAAUGUCCAAAACACUGGAGUAGCACGCGCGAUUAGAAACAAAGCAUCUGUCUCUGAAAGCUUCCUGGUGGUGGAGGAGAGUCUUCAUGCUGUACUCCAAGAUGAGUCCUUCUCCCUUCUCCAGAGAGAUGGCACGUGUGUCAACGUCACUGCCUUUGGAGGAUGAAUUGGUACUUAAUUUUAUUCUCAAUUUCAUAGGAAGAUCUGAAAUGACUUCCUGUAGAUUUAACAGAGUAGAUGAUUCUCCAAAAUUCAGAACCACAAUGAAGACUUUAUCUAUGCCAUCGAGUUCUCUUGUGUACACAACAGAGUGGCUGUCAUCCUUCAAAAGGCAAAACCAGCCCCUGCUGAGAACCAGCUCUGCAGUGCGCAGUAGGCUUAAAUCCUGAUACAUCUUCAACACUGAACUCGACUGGGUCUUUUGGACCUAUUUUUUAAAAAGAAUAUUCAUAUAAAUAUUCAUGUUUUAGUCUAAGAAUUAUUCCUCUCCCCCACAAAGAAAAACUUGCUUUCAUUUGCCCUUUAAAAUAACUGCCCAAAUACGUAAAAUAACCGCCAAGCUAUAAAGCAUUUCUAAGUAGCUACCCUAGGUCGUAGGAAUUACAAAGCCGUGUUUCUGCUUGUCUGGAGCGAUCUCAGUGUGCAAGCGCUCACACAUCUCAGAGCUGCUGCAGAGCCGAGUGACUCCACUUUAGGACACCGGACUUGCUGCAGUGAGGUCACUGUGUCGGAGCUGCCAGAUGAUGCCUGGAAGCAGAACGCAUCCAGUGGGCUUGGACUUAGCUGUUCUCACCUGUGGCUAAUGUGGUCCAGCAGACAUGGACUCCUAGACUGCUGGGGAUGGGAAGAAUGCUGCAGAACUCUGUGGAGCCUAAGAUGCGAGAAGUCUGCGUUUGCUUUCUUGUUGCCUCAUCCCACGCCGGGCCAUCAAAGGCAGUUUUGUUUUUCAAAGGUUUGGAUUUAUUUUACAGCUACACAAAACACACCUAAUUCAAUGCUAUGCUUUCCUAUUUUUUUCCCUCAUAAGCAUUUUUCUGUUCCACCAUCUCCACAGAUGUCACUGUAACGGCAGGUACUAUUCUGCUGAAUGUGUUUACCAUCCUUCCAUUCCCUUCCCUUUUAGACAGUUGUACUUGUUGUGUGUUCUUAUAUUUUCAAUCCCCCCUCCCAUGUUUUAUAUUAUUUAAGAUAGAUUAUCAGACAGAUAAUUACUGUGGCAGAGAAUAUGGACAUUCAAUGCAUAAUGCCAAAUUAUUCAGAGCUGUUGCCAAAUCAACAAUAAUGUUCAUUCAUUACAAUCUUGCCAGCCACGUUUCCUGGGGCAGUGGUUGUUGUUAUCGUUGUUUUCCGAUAGAUGCUUAAUAAUGUAUUUAAUGAAUAUCUGAUGGAUAUUUGAAAAUGUUCGUUCUGUUUAUCAGCUGUGUUACUUGUUCUCAGUAGCUUUAGAUAGUGCAUGAGAAGCAGAGUUUAGUGCCACUCACGAGUGAGAGGUGCCCAGUGAGCUGUUUUUUUUUUUUUCAUCUGCUUUCAUUUGAACUCUUUCCUGUAAUCGUGGGCUUGUCUGUUUCCCCUUAUACCUCUCAAAGUACUUGUUUGAUAUAUUUGAGGCUCCUGUUAACAUGCAUAAAGAUUUGUAGGUUUUAGUGGACUUUUCACUGUCUGAAAACUGCAUUUCUCUCAUAUAAUGCUUUUCAUAUUGAAUUCUAUUUUGUCUGCUAUUAAAUAUUUCCAAGCCUG